AUGGACGACGUCGAGCGUACUACCUCUAGACUUUGGAGAGCUUAUAGAACUAUCAAGGAAAUGGUGAAAGACCGUGGUUACUACAUAACACAAGAAGAGAUUGACAUUAGUCUUGAUCAGUUCAGAGAAAAAGUGUGCGAUUCUAUGGGAAUUCCACAACGGAAGCUGAUGUCUUUCCAAGCUAACGCAUCACAAGAGGCUGCCGAGAAAUAUGGAGACCUUGGACCAUUGUGGGUUGAAUUUUGCGAUGAGCCUUCUGUUGGAAUCACCACAAUGAAGAACUUCUGUCAACACAUUGCGGACAAAAACUUUUCAACUAGCAUUUUCAUUUACCAGCAGAACAUGACACCCUCGGCUACUAAAGCCAUAGCAGUCGCGGAACCUGCAACUAUUGAAACUUUUCAAGAGAGUGAUAUCAUUGUCAACAUAACCCAUCACGAACUAGUUCCUAAACAUAUUAGAUUAUCGACCGAAGAAAAAAAGGAACUUUUAACUCGGUACAGAUUAAAAGAAUCACAGCUACCACGUAUACAAAGAGAAGAUCCAGUGGCACGUUAUUUGGGACUGCGUCGUGGUCAAGUUGUGAAGAUUAUCAGAAAAUCUGAGACCUCUGGAAGAUACGCUUCUUACAGAAUUUGUCUUUGA